GUAGCAGGACAGACUAUGAGCCAGUCUGUGGUCGUCCUCAUGGUGUGCGGUUGGACAGUGGUGGUCAGCUGAUCGUAGCUGACUCCUACUUUGGACUGUUUUCUGUUGACCCCCAGACUGGACACAAGACCCUGCUACUGGACAGCAAGACAGGAGCUGACGGGGUUCCGUUUGCGUUCCUGAACGGGUUGGAGAUCUCCUCUCAGACUGGGAUCAUUUACUUUACCGACUCCUCCUCUCGCUGGGGACGACGACACGUCAAACUAGAGGUGAUAGAGACCAACGCUCUGGGUCGUCUCCUGACCUUUGACCCUGUGUCAGGGCGCGUGGGUGUCCUGCUGGAUGGGCUCUACAUGCCCAAUGGCAUCGCCCUGUCACCUGACGAGAGCUUCCUGCUGCUGGCUGAGACCAGCAUCGGGUGUGUCCUCAGGUAUUGGCUGAAAGGCCCCAAGGCUGGCACCAAGGAGGUCAUCAUGAACAAUAUGCCCGGUUACCCUGACAACAUCCGCCUUAGCGACCGUGGAACCUUCCUGGUUGGCCUAACGACCACACGCUUCAGGAAGCUCAUGCCUCCAUUCCUGGACCUGAUUGGUCCGUACCCAGCGGUCAAACGCUUUCUGGCUAAG